GUGAGCCCAGAAGUGGAACAGGGACUCGCAAGGGGACAUCGCGUGCCCAGCAGAGCCCCCGGCCCGCCCCAGAGUCAUGCCCGUGGCAAGAUGUGUCCUGUCUGGAGACGCCACCCAGGUGUGUCCUACCCGAAAAUGCCACCAAGGUGUGUCUUGCCUGGAAACUGAACUCUGCUUCCGCUUGGCUACGCGGCUUCACAGCUCAGAGCGCCCUCUAUCCAGGCCAGGACUGUCAGCCCGCAUAGUGGGGCUAUUAGGAGGGACAAUAGAGAGGGUAACUUGUGAGACUGAGUGCCAGUCAGAGGCGGUUAUAGCACAGUGGCUAAGACCCUCUGCUCCAGACUCUGUGAGCCCUGCCUCCACCACUUCCCAUUAUGGAAUCUGAGUCAUGUUCCUUGUCUUCCUGCCUUCUCUCCUCUCGGAAAUUGAGUAACUGGUAAAAGAAUUACAAAGAGUAUUACGCGUAUUAAUGUCGUGCUGGUCACUGCAGAAAACACUCUGUGAAAGUUAGCUUUUAUUAACUUCCACGUGUAACAAAGCCCCUGCUGCUCCAAGCACACUAUCUGGUGCCCAUGCAGUUCUGUUGUGUGCUGUUGUCCUGGCAGUCUUGUCGUGGUCACUUAACAUUCUAGUGACGGUUCCUUCUGCUUUAGCAACUUGACGUGAGGGAUUAGCACACAGCACACUUGCUGAGGGAGAAGUGUCAGACUGUUUGGGGAGUCCUGUUUCUUUAUUGCACUUCCCUGAGAACAGAACUUUCACCUGAUACCACCCCGGCAUUUACAUCAGUUGUAGGAUUUUGGAGGACGGACAAAUAGAAAAUGAAGAGAGAGCUGAUUUGAUUUCUGCAGUUGGAUUGAAAAACGGUGGGUAAGGUAGCUGGACUGCAGACCAAGCAGCCUUCGGAUCUGUAAGGGGCUUAGAGCACAGGUGAGGAGACAAUGACCGCGGGAGGACCCCUGAGCACCUCCCUGUCCUCACCUCUGAGGGCCUCCCCCUCUUCUGCACUGUCACCUUAGAGAGCUUUCCUUUCUAGAAUGAUCCAGGCUCCCUCAGCCUCAGGACUUCUACCUGUGAAGCCUGCUGUGUCCCUAAUGCACUGCUCACCUCCCCCCCCAACACACACCUCCAUGUAUUACUUGGCCGUGGAUGUCCUUCAGGUCUCUUCUGACUUUCCUGACAACUUGACCACUGCCUCCCUGUAAAUCAGUGGCCUAAUAAUCCUUUCUUGAAGCACCAUCAGCUUUAUUCCUAGAAUUUAGGGUUUUUUUCAUGAUUGACAGCAUUGCCGUAACUGUGCCCCCUAGUGCCAAGGACCUGUACUGCUUUAGUGCCUUGAAUGUCCUUUGCCUUCAUUAUUUUUUGAAAGCCUUUACAUUAAAUGAAUAUUUAUAUUAGCAGUGUUUAUACAUGUAUACAUGCAUGUAUAGUGUGUACACACAAUCUGGGGCAGUAGCAUGUUAGUGCUAAAUUUAAAAGCCAAACCAUUCAGUCAAUUACUUCUGACAGUUGUGUGCUUCUCAUUCCAAAUUUACACGAGUAAAAUGAAACUAAAGCUUUUUCUGUCUUACAUAAAUGAGUUGGGGACCUGAGUGCAAAAGGAAUGGAAUAUUUUAAAUUCAGCUAGUUACUAAACUGUGUGGCUGUAGAUAACGAUUUUGUCUUUCUGGACUUAGUUUGCACAUUGAUGAGAAAGGAAGAAAAGAAAUUCAAAUUAAUGAGGGAGCUCUGUUUUAUAAGGAAAGGCUUUCAGAACUAAUAAAGCAAUCAAGUAAGAACAACCGACUUAAAGAUUAGUUUUGAUUCUUUUUGUCUCUUUGACUUACUCAUUAGUCUCACGAAACAUUUAGCCACUUCCAACUCUGUUGGUCCCAGUUGAUGAGAGUGACUUAUGUCUUGGAUUAGACUCAUUAUGUUUGAGGAAAUCCUUCAUUGUACCAGUAAACAAGAUCACAUUCAGGGAAGGCAUCCACAUGGCAGAUGACCGUAUUCACCUGGAAUGCAGUUCCUUUCUCCAGUUAGCAUGGAUGCAGGUACAAGGAUCACUUCACAUUUUGUGCCAGAAUUUAUGACGUAUCAUUUUCAAUGUUUGAAAGAGUAUGUAAUUGCUAAAAUUAUAAAGCCUACAGUAAAACAGAGACCCAGAUCUUAUUCUAUAAUAGUUUUGCCCAUAGUUGUUCAUCCAUACUAAUUUGUAUUUAAGACUCAAAAUCAAAAUUAUGCUGCCAAGCAGGAAGAAAAAGCAUGAGAACAAAUUGUUUAUACUGUUUCAUUUCUAUCCCUUGAAUUUCUAUGCAAGGAAGGAAUGAACUCUGACCCUGAGGAAGAUAAAUACAGUGUGUUUAUAGUUGAUACUCAUUUGGCAAGGAUUUGAAAACUUACAGCAUUCCACACGUAAGAGCUUCUAGCUGCUCCUAAUAUUAUGCAUAGUGUUAGUUUAUGAAUUCCCUUUCUUGCUAGUAUGUCCUUUAUUUUUGGUUUGCACUGAACUUCCCAUCUUAAAAUCUAAAUUCUUAAAAACAAAUAUUAAAAAAAUUGAAAUAAAUGUUUUCCAUCUUAGAUGUAUAGUUUUUUUUCUUUAAGAUUUGCUUUAUUUGAAAAUAAGAGCUACAGAGAGUGAGGGACACACACAAAGAGAGGGAGAGGUCUUCCAUCUGCCAGUUCACUCCCCUGGUGGCUGCAAUGGCCAGUGCUGCGCCAGGUCAAAGUCAGGAGCUCUAUCCAAGUUUCCCACUUGGUGGCAGGGGCCCAAACAUUGGACAAUCUUCUGAUGCUUUUCCCAGGCCAUGAACAGGGAGCUGGAUCAGAAGUGGAGCAGCUGGGACAUGAACCAGCACCCAUGUGGGAUGGCAGUGUUGCAGGAGAUGGCUUUUCCCACCACACCACAACACCAGCCCAGAUGUAUAGAUUUUCAAUAAAGAUCCAAUGAAUUAAUUUUGUCCAAUUAAGUAGUUUGUUAACAAAAUAAAAAAUAAAACAAAUUUGCUGUGUUUAUCCUCUUAAUAUUGUUUAGGAUUUUUCUCUAGAAAUUACUGUUUCUUUUGACAUUGAGUGCAAGAUGAGAAUGACUGAAAAAAUGAAUCCCUUACAAUUGCUAUUAAAAUUGGAUAAAGGUCUUAGAACAUUUUAAAACUGAGCAUACUCAUAGUAAAGAGUGGUGUCUUAAAAAAAGUAAGGGGUAGAUAAAACUUUAGUGAUGAGUUUCUCACAGUGUUCAUUACGGAAUCUACAUCUACUUGGUGUUUGUUUGUUUGUUUGUUAGCUUUGAGUGAAACAGACAGGCAAAUAUAGAGAGCAGGCUGCUAUGGGCUGGUUCACCCCCCAAAUGCCAACAGUGGGUAGUGCCGGAGCUGGCAGCUGGGUACUCAAUCCAGAUUUCGCAUGUGGGUGGCAGAGACCUAAGUACUGGAGUCAUCAUCUGCUGCCCUCCAGGGUCUGCAUUAGCAGGAGGCUGCAGUCAGGAGUGGGAGAUGGGACUGAAACCCAUGUACACUUAUAUAGGACAUGGGCAUCUUAACCAGGAGCAGGCCAACUCUCUGCUCCUGUACCGUACUUUUUAUCAGUAUUUUAAUAUAUUUGUUAAGGUUUUCUUGGUGUGUUUUAAGAAACUAUGUAUUCCCUUUUUUUGGGAGGGUAUAUACAUUUUAAUACAUAAUCCUUAAGAAUGGAAAUGUGAUGUUGACAAAAAUAUCCAUGACCUUUUGUUGUAUGAGUUUAGUCUCCUUUUACAGUUCUUCAACUGGUAGAAGCUAAAACACUAAUGCAUUCUUGAAAAUGUUUAGUCUACUUCAACCAUGCCUGUUUAUUAGCUUAUUUUUUUUAACUUUUUAUUAACUGAGAAAGCAAUAUAAAUGUUAAUAUUUCUGCUUUUGUGGCUUGAAGAGCUUUGCAGCAGUUAAUUUCUGACCAGUUAAUGCAAAUAUGAUUUCCUGUGUUCUGAAAAAAUCCAGGAAAUGAAGUUAGUAACACAAACAAAUUUGGGGGUUUAUUACAGGACCAAGUAAAUUCAUGUAUUAUGCAGCCAUUGUUGAACUUCAUGGAUAUAUAUAAUUAAGAGGUGACUACAGUUGGAAUGUUCUAAGAGAUUUAAUAGAUGAUUAGAUUCAUGUUUAGAGUUGACAAUGAUAAGCAUUAAUUUUGUAAGCGAGAACAAGGAGGUGGUUACUUCUUGGGAGCACUAGAUUUUAGUUGAGGAUGUAGAAUGAUCAGGUGACUUACUGACUACCCAGGACUGAACAGUAGGAGGAGUUAGUAAAAGAAAGUGGACCUGGUAAUGGGAAGAACUGAGUCAUAUUAGAAUGUGAGUAUACGGGGGCCCACACCGUGGCUCAGUAGGUUAAUCCUCCGGCAUCCCAUAUGGGCCCCGAUUCUAGUCCCGGCUGCCCCUCUUCCCAUCCAGCUCUCUGCUAUGGCCUGGGAAAGCAGUAGAAGAUGGCCUAAGUGCUUGGGCCCCUGCACCCAUAUGGGUGACCGGGAAGAAGCACCUGGCUCCUGGUUUCAGAUUGGCGUAGCUUCAGCCGUUGUGGCCACCUGGGGAGUAAACCAACCAAAGGAAGGAAGACCUAUUUCUCUGUCUCUCCUUCUCACUGUCUGUAACUCUACCUCUCAAAUAAAUAAAUAAAUCUAAAAAAAAAAAAAAGAAUAUAAGAUAAAGCAGUUGCGGAACAAGGUUUUUACUUCAUGUGUUCAUUGUGAUAAACUUGCAUGAAGGGGAUUGGGAUUUGUGUUAGAGAGAGAGAGUCAUAACUGGAAUGUGGGAAAGCUUACUAUGGCAUGGAAGCCCAGGAAAGCAGAAAUACUGAAUUGAAUUUUAUUGUUUGCGUUUCUAUAGAAAUAACCAGGCACAAUGAGUCACUUGGAUUAACAGUAGGCUACAGCUGUGACUACCUCUGAAAAUGAGUCCUCUGAUACAAAGCAACUCUUGGUGCACAGAACACAGGUGAAGUCCAGGUUGGUCAGAAUAGGGCCACAGGACCUGGCAAAUCAAGGGAUAAUCUCAGCCUUUCCAGUUCUCCUGGGCUGAAGUCCAGCCUGGAUGCUGGGAACUUGAGCAGCUUCCUUUGUGUUGUGGGUGUUGUAAAGUCUGCAGUUUUAAUCUUGCGUUCCAUUUGUGGUCUUAGGGCUCACGUGGCUUUCUGCCUCAUUCAACCCUCUCCCCGAAGGUCUUUACAAAGAGUCCACUGUCGUGGGCUGACCAAUCACUUCACAAGUCCUACUCAGACAUGCAUCAUGGGGAUGACAUUAAACCCAAAGGGUAAUGAUGAACAGGCUGAAUAGAGGGGAACAUUCCAUGAGUAAAAUGGUAUAGUAUUAGAAUAUCUGAUUUCAGCUGUUGUGUUUGACAUAUUAAUUAUAGUGACAUUAAUGUCAAGUCUUAUUUUUCAGAUUUGUUUAAAUAAUGGACAAACCCGGGCCUCCAACACAUACUGGCUACCCAGGGCCCCAGGUUGGCUACCCAGGGCCCCAGGUUGGCUAUCCAGGGCCCCAGGAUGGCUGCCUAGGACCCCAGGCCGGCUACCCAGGGCCCCAGGCUGGCUAUCCAGGGCCCCCGGAUGGAUAUCCAGGACCUCAGGCCGGCUACCCAGGGCCCCAGGCUGGCUAUCCAGGACCCCAGGAUGGCUACCUAGGACCCCAGGCCGGCUACCCAGCCCCACCAGCUGGCUAUUCAGUUGCCAGUCCAGGCAACUUCCCUGUCCAGAAUCAGCCAGGACAUACUCAGCCUGGUGGCCCUGCAGGAAUACCAUGGAUGCCAGCUCCACUAGUUCCACUGAACUGCCCACCUGGAUUAGAAUAUUUGACUCAGAUUGAUCAGGUAUUGAUUCAUCAACAAGUUGAACUACUAGAAGUCUUAACAGGUUUUGAAACUCAAAACAAAUAUGAAAUUAGGAACAGCCUUGGACAGAGGGUUUUCCUAGCAGUGGAAGAUACUGAUUGCUGUACCCGAAAUUGCUGUGGGGCAUCUAGACCUUUCACAUUGAGGAUUCUUGAUAACACGGGCCGAGAAGUGAUGACCCUGGAACGACCACUGAGAUGCAACAGUUGCUGUUUCCCCUGCUGCCUUCAGAAGAUAGAAGUUCAAGCUCCUCCUGGUGUCCCAAUUGGUUAUGUAAGUCAGACCUGGCACCCCUGCCUGCCCAAGUUCACAAUUCAAAAUGAGAAGGAAGAGGAUGUGCUAAAAAUUUCUGGUCCAUGUGUUGUGUGUAGCUGUUGUGGAGAUAUUGAUUUUGAGAUUAAAUCACUAGAUGAACAAAGCAUGGUUGGCAAGAUUUCUAAGCAGUGGACUGGGCUUUUGAAAGAGGCAUUUACAGACGCUGAUAACUUUGGGAUCCAGUUCCCUUUAGACCUUGAUGUGAAAAUGAAAGCUGUGAUGCUUGGCGCUUGUUUCCUCAUUGACUUCAUGUUUUUUGAGAAAGCUGGAGGCCAGGAUCAAAAAGCAGGAGUGUGGUAGUGGAUUAAUGAAAAUCUCCUCAGAAAAUGUGAAAUCUGUGUAUUGACUGGGAUGAUCUACAAAGUUAACAGUUUUUUUUCUUUGUGACAUGUGACUGAAUUAAGCUGUGAUGCCUAUAGUUCCGUUAUGUGAUUUUUGCUUUUCAGAUUAUAGAGUUUAUUUUCUGUAUAUCUGGCUUAUAAAUUUUUUAUAUAUCUUAGAAACAUUUGCUAUGAAUUUAUGAGAAAGGACAUUUUUACAUAUAAAAUUGAAACCUUAUGAAAAACUGCUUUAGGCUAUUAAAAUCUGAUUUGUUUUCCAUUUUUAUAAUAAUUUAAAGCCUUAUUAAAGUAAUACUAGCAAAGAAUUUUAAAUUAUUCCAUUAAAUAUAGUUAUAAUUUUUUCACCUCACAAGUUAAUAUUAUUUUGCAAAUAGUAUAUAUUCAAAAAGUUUAAAAAAUAGCAGUUUCUAUUGAAAUAAUACUCAAUAUCCAUAUUACCAAGGAAAAGUUAAAUUUAGUUUUUGAUCUUCAGGAAAUUGCAUUAUAUUUUACUUUUCCUAUAAGCUAAUCUAUUAUGUAAAAAAAUGUUUAUAGGGGCCAGUGUUGUGGCAUUACAGGUUAAGUCUCCACCUGCGAUGCUGGCAUCCCAUAUGGGUGCAAGUUUGUGCUGCUCUGCUUCUGAUCCAGCUCCAAGCUAAUGUGCUUGGAGAAACAGCCAAGGAUGACCCAAGUCCUUGGACCCCUGCACCCAUGUGGGAGACCCAGAUAAAGCUUCUGGCUCCUGGCUUUGGCCUGGCCCAGCUCUGGCUGUUGCAGCCAUUAGGGGAGUCAACCAGUGGAUGGAAGAUCUCUCUCUCUCACUCUCAAUCUCUGUAACUCUGAAUUUCAAAUAAAUAAAGUUUAUGUUGACAGGAUAAUAAAUUGCCAAUUUUACAUUGUUUUCUGUGAACAAAGAAGCAUAUGAUACUUUCCAAAAGACAGACAGAAACAUUUGAAGAGUCACUCACUCUAAUGUUGGCUAUUUUGUAAUUUCUGAACUUAUAAUUUUUACUGACAAAUAUUUAGCUUCUGUGUUCUAUCAUUCCCAAAACAUAAUAAUUGUAAUAUUAUUCAGAUAUUAAUUAAAUGAAACAAAUAUAUUUCGUAACAGAGUGUAAGUUUCAAAAGUAAUCUACCAGGUUAUUUGUGAUAAUAAUCAAAUAUCUGAAAUAAAAACAUAUUGCUAUA